ACUCACUGAUCUAUUUAUGUCAAAAGAUAAAGCAUUCGAAACAUUUGAAGUACUCUUCAAGUUAUCAGUAACGUUAAGAUAUUGAUAGUAACGUACUCGUCCUUCACUCGUUGUAACUGGUUUUAUGAUCAAGGAUAAUAUUAAGAUUGCACCAGAUUCUUGCAACAUGUCCGACACCAUCUCUCCUAUUCCUGUCGUUGACUUAGAUAGGAUCGGUCUGCACAGAAAACCAGAAGAAAUUGACAAGGAAGCACUGGAAACUGUUUCUGUUCUAUUGAAAACCACUUUCUGUCAGUUCGGCGUCUGCUAUUUCAAGAAUCAUGGAAUCGGCGAGGAUUUUAUGGAUAAAUAUAUGGCAAUCUCAAAAGGAUUCUUCAAUCACCCCGUAGAAGUAAAAUCACAAUACCUUCGUGGAACAAGGAGAGAUUUUGGUUAUACCCCCAUGGAAAAGGAAACCGUAAACUUUGAUCGCCCUGCAGAUUUGAAAGAAGCAUUUACCUACCAACCAGCAUACGACCCAGAUGAUUUGUUAGAUAAGAAGUUUCAAAACGUUUGUAAAGAGAUGUAUGCACUUUGUACAACACUAGGCUAUCGUGUACUAGACGCACUUUCAUUAGCGCUCGGUCAACGGCAGACAUUUCUGAGAGAUUGUCAUAAAUGUAUCGCCACAACGACUAAUGGAACAACUCUAAAAACUUUGAAUUAUCCCCUUAAUCCUGCCACGAACGCCAUCAAACCAGGUCAGGUUCGUCUAGGGGAACACUCUGAUUUCGGAACGCUCACAUUUCUAUUCCAAGACGAUGUUGGGUCUGGAGAUCAACUUUCCAGGCAAGGGAUUCAUACAUGCAACUCCUAUACCUGGAACUAUUGUGGUACUUGCCGCAGACUUACUUCAGCACUGGACCGCUGAUGCUGUUAAAGCGGUUCAGCACAGAGUCCUUAUACCAAAGGAAACAUCACAAAACACGAAACCACGACAGUCAGCUGUAUAUUUUAUAGCCCCAGACGAUGAAUGUGUGGUGGAGCCAUUGGACGGAUCAAAGAAGUAUGAUCCAAUAUCUUGCAAAGAUUACGUAAGCCCCAAACUAAAAGCCACAGUGGGUGUCACGUAUUAAACUCGAAACCAGUUUGUAAACACGGGGAAAAUGUGUACUAAAACUCGACAGUUAUAUUAUAUGAAAUGACUCUAAUGAACUUUUAAAUGUUGUUGGCAUUAUUUUCAUGUGUAAAAUUCAAUGUGUUUUUCUUUAACUUGUUAUUAUUUGAUCUGUGCAUUUGAUAAUGAGUGUUCACUUCAUUUUACCUGAGAACUGUAACCAAACAUAUUUUAAAGUAGAAUAUUUCGUACAGAAGAAGAAACUGUUAUUUUGUAGUGUUUGUGAGUUUGUUGUUGUUGUUGUUGUUUAUUUUGCAUGUAUGGUCGAGGUGUUGUGAUGCAGUUAUCAUCUUCAGAUGGAUGUUUUCGCACAAGAAGCAUUUACUACAACGUUUACUCAAGCUAUUCUACACGUCUUGAAAAUAUUCUCACAAAAUGUUCAUACCUUGUAUAGAAUGAUUCACCAUUGAGCGUUGAAUCAAAUGCGAAAACAUUAUUAAAAGUCCCAAUUAUUUGUCAAUAAAAGAAAUGAGUUCUAGUA